CCCCGGCCACGCUUCCACCCUGGAGUCGAUGUACUGCUUGAGAGGAUUGACGCAUGGCUUGCCUACGCUGUGCGCGGGUGAAAACCCUCAAUCAAUCAGUUCAGACUGACCCGUUCCCAGCAAAGCCGGAAGCGCCAAGGCCGUCGGAGCCAGAGGUCAGAAGAGAAAAGUCAACCGUGACCUGGGCCGACUCUGAAGGAAGUUCUGGCACCAUUGAAGAAGGUAAAGGAGAAGAAGAAGGAGCAGAACGAAGAGAAGGUUUCCAAUGGACGCCAACGUUCACAUCAGACUUCAGGAUCGGCCUCGGCGAAAGAUUCCCUGACUUCUUGUGCAAGAUGACCAGUGAGAGGACAGCAGGAGGUGUGAACGAAGUGAAGUUUCAUGACCUCUUGAAGAGGGAAACAUGCAAGUGGACAGUGCUGCUUUCCUUCACGAAGGAGUACCUUCCCAGAAAAGGAGCUGAAUUGGUUGUGGGAGGACAGGAUUCUGAGAGGGAAGAUCGUGUGAAGAAAGUGCGGAGCUUCCGAGAUGAAAUCCGCAAACUCUUUCAACAGAAGGGCGGUGUGCAACUGAUUGGUUUGCACCUUGGAGAGUUGGAUGAGAAGUUGGCCAAGGACCUGGACUGCGACUUGAUUGCUGAUGAGGACGGUGAGGUUGCCUCGCACCUGAAGAUUCUUGACCCUUUGGCUGCUUUGUCCGAAAGGAGGCGGCCAGGAUACUGGCGGCAAUCAUCAAUGAGAGAACAGCGGCUUGGAAGGGCGGUUUUCCUGAUAGGCCCAAAGCAAAGGACCUACCUCUCGAUGUUGUACCCAGCUUCUCUAAGCCUGAUGUUUGACGAAGUCAAGAAAGCCAUUGCAUCCGUCAUACGGAAUGAGGAGAAGGAUCAGGUGAGUCUGCCGAACGAUUGGUCUGCGCAGCCGAACUUUCAGAUUGUGUUAGGAGCGCGACUCCCAGACUUCGAAUGGCACAUGACCAAACACAAGAUCGUGAAAUUUCAUGAACUCCUGGAUCAGACAAAGGCAGAUCUGACCCUGAUGAUGUUUUGGCCCGAGACCCCCAAGGAGCAGGAACUGCUGGAGUGUCUCGAGAUGCUGCCAAAGCUGAAAAAGUGCGAGGCAGGCAAGGUCAGAGUGAUCGGAGUGACAUAUGGCGACAUGAAAGAGUUUCAGACUCAAGUCGAGACAGUGAGAAGCAAGUUGUCUGACGAGAUUCGAGAUUUUGGAUUUACCGUCAUUGGGGACACCAACCAACACAUUGCCGGGAAGCUGGGCUUUUGUGGACCGGAGGAGGACCUGGAAGAAUUCACGCAGUCCAAGCUAGCGCGGACCCUCUUUGUGAUUGACCGGAACAAGGCCUUACGACUUAGCUGCUUGACGGGUUCUUUUCUGUGUGGGUUCGCCUCGGAACAGGGGAGGCCCAUUCGGUGGCCGGACACGGAUGACGAUUCCGAUCCUUUGGAGUUAUAUAGUGAUAUGAGAGAGAGAGAGAGAGAAAAAAAAAAGAACAACGAGCCUACCAGGUAGGGCACUCUACGAGAGUAGGCACAGAUCAUUGAAAAGAUCAUGCAGAUAAUUUGGGCUGGGAUUGGGGCUAGCAUCAUGCAUGAGCUGUUCGAGCCUUCUUGAGGCUGCCGCGUCUCUUUGUUGUCCG